AUGAAACGCACAAUUACUGAUAAGAAUAAUACAUUAUCUUCAUCAGCUUUAGUUUCCUUAGAUGCGUAUAUUGUUCAUAUAAACAAAAUUACAAAAAAUAAUACAAAUGAUGAUCACCAUUAUUCAUUCAUUUUAUGUAUUGAAGAUCAAUCAACAGUUCGAGUUGUCAAAUAUUUAUCUAAAGUUCCAUAUUGUUCGUUAUAUAAUCGAUUAAAAGAAUCGGUUCGAAGUGGCCGAGGAGCUUCAAUUACUUCGUUACGUGAGCAAAAUGAUCAAUAUACUUGUACAAUGUCUACAAAGGUGAUUGAUAAAGAUCUGAACUUUCGACCUGAAUGUAUUCGUGUGAAAAAUAUCAAUAUUUUAAAAAAUGAAAUAAACAAUCGAUUAUGUACAGUAGAAGCACAAAUCUGUUCUAUUAGUGAUGAAAUUGCAGUUGUUUUUGAAGAGAAUGAAUUUAAACACGUGCAAAAAAAAUUGGGCAAAUCAUAUCAUAUUCGAUUAUUAAAAAUACGAAUCUAUAAUGAGCAAAUAUCAUUAGCUGCUACAACAGAAACAUCCGAAAUAACUGGUAUAAUUAGUGAUAUUUCAAUAGUUAAAGAAAAUCCAUCACCUCUUGAAAGUAUCUUAAAUACUAUGUUUACUGAAUGA